AAAUUGCAUGCUCCCAUUCUCAGAUUCACAUACAAAGAUAUUUCAACAUUCAGACCCACAAACCAUCCAAUAGCACUUUCUACUACAUAUUUGUCUAUUUCCUCCUUCUACCAUAUAAUUCGCAUCUCCUAAAUAUCAAUAAAAUAAACAGAACCCUAAUAUCCAGUUGUUGUUUUUUAUGAACAUUUAGUUGUUAUCUCUCUCUCCGCUCCAAAAUACAUACAUACAUACAUACAUACAAAAAUAAACUAGUUCUAAAUGUGGAUGAUGGGUUACAACGAAGGAGGUGCAGAUUCCUUCAACGGAGGAAGAAAACUUCGUCCUCUCAUCCCACGCCUCUCCUCUUGCCCCAGUGCCGCCGCAAACACCAACUCCGACCACCGCUUUAACAUGGUGAUGACUACAAUGACGGCUGAGCAGAACAAAAGGGAGCUCAUGAUGCUAAACUCAGAGCAUCAACAUCCACCUAUGAUGGUGAGCUCACGGUGGAACCCGACACCGGAUCAGUUAAAAGCUCUUGAAGAGCUUUACCAACAAGGAACUAGAACUCCUUCUGCCGACCAUAUCCAACAAAUCACCGCGCAGCUACGUAGGUACGGAAAGAUCGAAGGCAAAAAUGUUUUCUAUUGGUUCCAAAACCACAAAGCACGUGAACGCCAAAAACGGCGACGACAGAUGGAAAAUGGCCACGACGAAUCUGUCUUUACGACAACCAGUCUUGUCUCAAAUCACGGUUUCGACAAGAAAUAUCCACCAGGUUACAAGGUUGAACAGACGAAGAACUGGAUAUGUUCGGUCGGAUGCGACACACAACCACAGAAACCUCAUGAACUUCAUCAUCAGGAGGAGCCUGUCUCCAUAGCAUUAGCAACAAAGGGCAAUGGUCGUUAUGUAGGAAACGAGAGACAAAGCUUUCCCGGGAGAAAUGCCAUGUCGCAAAUGAUGCAGCUUGCACCUGGACAUUACCCUUCUUCACGACAACAACAGCAUCAUCAUGAACUCAUUCUCAAUUCCACUACUGUUAGGUCUAGCUUCUCCACUAGCAACAGUACUGUUUCGGCUGCUAAAGAUACCGUCACAGCUUCACCUUCAUUUCUGAGGACAAGAGCAGCAACCAACACAGGAACUUGUGAUGAUAAUAAAGAUCAAGAACGUCAUGAAGAUUGCUUAAACGGUGAACUGGAUCAUCAAGAAAAGACACUAGAGCUGUUUCCACUGAGAAAAGAAGGGUUUUGUAACAAUGGUGGAGAUGAUGGGAAAGAGAAAGAGAGCGCCAUUCACUGUUUCUAUGAGUUUCUUCCAUUGAAGAACUAAUACCUACUUGAUUUUGUUUUUCAAGAGCAAUAUGUUUUUUGUGUGUUUUAGAUUAAGUAAUCAAUCAAGUUAUAGUGUGAGAAAAAGGAUUAAUUAAGUAAGGUUUUGUUUGGGAGUCAGGGUAGAGACGUGUCUUUAUGGUGUUGAUGUUAACAUUUCAUAGGCGUUUGCCUUUAUAUGCACU